AUGUCAACGCGGCUUCUAUAUCAAAGGUGUGUUGAUGAAUGCACAGCCAUUCAGGAUGUCGUUACAUCUAUCCUGUCCAUAAAGGAUGAGCCGACUGAUCUUAUUGAAAAGCGGAGGCGUUUUGAUGCUCUUCAAUCAGACGCUCGAAGGCGCUUGUCAGCCCUAAAAUCAUUCAUAGGGAAACUAGACCAAACGCUUAAUCUGACCUCGACAUCUGAGAACCGAAAGAAAAUUGAAGCCAUCCAGAAUCAGUAUACGUCAUUCUUGGAGUUAUAUAGGAAAGCCAUCUAUACUACUAGUAAGAGUCUUGAGAUCUCUGAGCGCAGCGCUCUCCUCUCCAACCCCUCUCGUCGUCAAUACCUUGGUAGCACUCCUGACUUUCGCGACCAGUUGGAGGCCUCCCUUCAACUCACCGCCGAUAUGCGCCUCCACGCUCGUCGGCUAGCCGAGGAGGUAGCUCGCGGCAACGCCAAUGCUGAGUUGGUAGACGAUUCGUCAAACCAAGUGGAGGGCAAUUUGCGCGAACUAAAGGAGAUGGGUGGGCAGUUGAAGGUUUCGGCAAGACUAGGCGGACAACUGUCGAAGCGUCGCAUCAUCGAUUGCUUUGUUUUCGUCGUGGUUUUUGGCUUUUUCUACCUCACUUGUGCCCAUAUUGUGCUGAAGAGACUCUAUUUCUACAGAUUGUUUGGAAAGUAA